AUGAAAAUUACGGAAAAGUUAGAACAGCAUAGACAAAGCUCGAGCAAGCCCACGUACUCGUUCGAGUACUUUGUCCCUAAGACUACGCAAGGUGUGCAGAAUCUCUACGACCGAAUGGAUCGGAUGUACGAGGCAUCUUUGCCUCAGUUCAUUGACAUCACGUGGAAUGCAGGUGGUGGCCGUUUGUCACAUCUUUCGACGGAUCUAGUUGCUACUGCGCAGUCUGUGCUUGGUUUAGAAACCUGCAUGCACCUGACCUGCACCAAUAUGCCCAUAUCGAUGAUUGACGAUGCCUUAGAGAACGCAUACCACUCUGGGUGCCAGAACAUUCUAGCGCUAAGAGGUGAUCCUCCCAGGGAUGCCGAAAACUGGACACCCGUUGAAGGCGGUUUUCAGUAUGCUAAGGACCUGAUCAAGUACAUUAAGUCCAAGUACGGUGACCAUUUUGCUAUCGGCGUUGCGGGCUACCCGGAAUGCCAUCCGGAAUUGCCCACUAAGGAUGCCAAGCUUGAUCUCGAGUAUUUGAAGCAGAAGAUCGACGCCGGCGGCGACUUCAUCAUCACGCAGAUGUUCUAUGAUGUGGACAACUUUAUUAAUUGGUGUUCGCAAGUCAGGGCUGCGGGUAUGGAUGUUCCGAUUAUCCCCGGUAUCAUGCCCAUUACCACUUACGGGGCCUUCUUGAGAAGGGCUCAGUGGGGCCAAAUCUCCAUCCCAGAGCAGUUUUUGUCUCAGCUGGAACCCAUCAAGGAUGACGACGAGUUGGUGCGUGACAUCGGAACUAAUCUGAUCGUGCAAAUGUGUCAGAAACUGCUCGAUAGUGGUUACAUCUCCCACUUACACAUCUAUACCAUGAACUUGGAGAAGGCUCCGCUCAUGAUUUUGGAAAGAUUGAACAUUCUACCCACGGAAUCUGAGUUCAACGCACAUCCACUGGCCGUGUUACCUUGGAGAAAGUCCUUGAAUCCAAAGCGUAAGAACGAAGAGGUCAGGCCUAUCUUCUGGAAGAGGAGACCUUACUCCUAUGUUGCGAGAACCUCUCAAUGGGCCAUGGACGAAUUCCCCAACGGUAGAUUUGGUGAUUCUUCUUCCCCCGCGUUUGGUGACUUGGAUUUGUGCGGUUCAGACUUGAUCAGACAAUCUGCUAACAAAUGUCUGGAACUAUGGUCCAGUCCUACUUCCAUCAAUGACAUUGCCUAUUUGGUUAUCAAUUACUUGAAUGGGAACCUGAAAUGUUUACCCUGGAGUGAUGUCCCGAUCAACGACGAAAUCAACCCAAUUAAAGCACACUUGAUUGAGUUGAACCAACACUCAAUUAUCACCAUAAAUUCCCAGCCUCAAGUCAACGGUAUCAGGUCCAACGACAAAGUCCAUGGAUGGGGGCCUAAAGAUGGUUACGUCUACCAAAAGCAGUACUUAGAAUUUAUGUUGCCCAAGAAUAAGUUGUCGAAAUUGAUUGAUAUCUUGAAAAACAAUGAAUUUUUGACCUACUUCGCAAUCGACUCUCAAGGAGACCUGCUAAGCAACCAUCCAGAUAACUCUAAGUCCAAUGCCGUCACAUGGGGGAUUUUCCCCGGCAGAGAAAUCCUUCAACCUACUAUUGUCGAGAAAAUCUCCUUCCUAGCAUGGAAGGAGGAGUUCUAUCAUAUUUUGGACGAAUGGAAACUAAACAUGGACAAGUAUGAUAAACCGCACAGUUCUCAAUUCAUCCAGUCUUUGAUUGACGAUUAUUGUUUGGUCAAUAUUGUCGACAAUGAUUACAUCUCCCCAGAAGAUCAAAUCCACUCCAUCCUGUUAAGUCUAUAA